GAUUCUUUUUUCUUGUAUCAAUUCUUUGCUAAUGUCAAUGCUAUAUGCGCCGCACAUGGCACAAAAACAUGAUUCGGCUUAUAACUCUAUGCUUCUAUGUACAGUUUGUUUCUUCUCUUGAAGAACACAAUAUAUGGUGAACAGCAAGCUCGUAACUUUGAGCUUUAUCUUUCAUUCAUAUUAAACCUAUGUAUUUCUCCGUUUUUAUUAUUAUACAGAAAAUAAAAUAAAAAAUUGUAAUUUAUAAUUUUACACAUAAACUAUGGCACACAGUAGGGCAGAAAGAAUUGGAACAAUUUUUUCCAGGAUAACAGCAUUAUGGCAAAACAAGGCUUUACCAGAAACAAAAUUACCAUUAUGGUAUGAUGUGUAUAAAGCUUUUCCACCAAAAUAUGAACCAAGAUUUGAUAGACCAGCGCCUCAGACACCAAUACGAAAUAUUCUGUAUAAAGAAGAUGCUAUAAGAGCGAAAUUUCAUAAUGAUGUAGCACUUCGAAUGAUGGAUUUGAAAAGUAACACGAUAUCUCGAACUCAAUUAUUCUGUAACAUAUGUGACAGUCUUCAGAAGGCUGGUAUCGAAGAGGCAGAGAUAUAUGAUAAAGCACUGUUUAUUUAUACAACAGCUUUUGAGAAGUCAAUAAAACCUCAGACUAAAGAAAGAAAACCUCAGAUUAAAGAAAGCAAACCUCAGACUAAAGAAAUGAAACCUUGGACUGAAGAAACAAGAUCCCAAAUUAAUGACACAUUACCAAAUGAUAAUGCAAAAAAUUAAAAUUUAAGAAAAUAGAAGAACUUGUAUAUAUUUGUAAUAAUAUUUAGGAA